AUGGAGUGCCGAGUGCUGUCUAUCCAGAGUCAUGUCGUGAGAGGAUACGUGGGGAACAAAUCUGCAUCCUUCCCGUUACAGGUCAUGGGGUUUGAGGUGGACUCGAUCAACUCUGUACAGUUCUCCAACCAUACAGGUUACGCUCACUGGAAGGGACAGGUCUUGACCGCCGAUGAGCUUCACGUCUUGUAUGAGGGGAUCAAACUGAACAACGUCAACCACUACGACUAUGUCCUUACAGGUUACAAUAGAGAUACAUCAUUCCUGGAGAUGGUUGCUGAUAUUGUACAAGAGCUGAAGAGGGCCAAUCCUAACCUCGUAUAUGUUUGUGACCCUGUCUUAGGUGAUCAUGGGUCAAUGUAUGUUCCUCAGAAUCUCCAUCCCGUGUACAAGAAUAAAGUGGUCCCGGUGGCCGACAUCAUCACACCCAACCAGUUUGAGGCCGAGCUGCUGACAGGGAAGAAUAUUAGCACAGAGAAAGAUGCUGUUGAGGUGAUGGAUCUACUGCAUAAAAUGGGCCCAGACACUGUGGUCAUUACCAGCUCUGACCUGCCACCUCGUCUCGGGGACAGAUUCCUGGUGUCUCUCGGGAGUCAGCGCAUCUUGAUGCCGGACGGGACGAGGACGACCCAGCGGAUCCGGAUAGAGGUGCCGAAAGUGGAUGCGGUUUUCGUGGGCACUGGUGAUCUAUUUGCUGCUAUGCUGUUGGCCUGGACUCAUCAUUACCCAACAGACCUGAAGACGGCAUGUGAGAAGACCUUCUCCGUUAUGCAUCACGUCAUUCAGAGGACUAUAUCUUAUGCUCACGAGAUGGCAGGUCCUGGCAGAAGACCCAGUCCUUCCCAGCUGGAGUUGCGGAUGGUCCAGAGUAAAGCGGACAUAGAGGAUCCAGCCAUAGUGAUGGAGGCUACCGUUCUAUAG